GGCGGUGCUUCUGGGAAAGGGAAACCUGCGGACGGCAGGGAAGGAGGAAGCCGGCCUGCGCGCGCCAUGGCUGCGGGAGGGCUGCGCGAGGGGUCUUCGCCCCCCGCGCCAACGGCUCUGCCGCUGGCCGCGCUCAACGUGAGGGUGCGGCGCCGCCUGUCGCUGUUCCUGAACGCGCGCACGCAGGUGGCGGCCGACUGGACUGUACUGGCGGAGGAGAUGGGCUUCGAGUACCUGGAGAUCCGGCAACUGGAGGCGCGCGCCGACCCCACGGGCAGCCUGCUGGACGCCUGGCAGGGGCGCCCCGGCGCCUCGGUGGGCCGCCUGCUCGAGCUGCUGGCUAAGCUGGGCCGCGACGACGUGCUGCUGGAGCUGGGGCCCAGCAUUGAGGAGGACUGCCAGAAGUACAUUCUGAAGCAGCAGCAGGAGGAGGCUGAGAAGCCGUUACAGGUGGCGGCUGUAGACAGCAGUGUCCCACGGACAGCAGAGAUGGCGGGCAUCACCACGCUCGAUGACCCCCUGGGGCAAAUGCCUGAACGUUUUGAUGCCUUCAUCUGCUAUUGCCCCAGCGAUAUCCAGUUUGUGCAGGAGAUGAUCCGGCAGCUCGAACAGACAAAUUAUCGGCUGAAGUUGUGUGUGUCUGACCGUGAUGUCCUGCCUGGCACCUGUGUCUGGUCCAUUGCCAGUGAGCUCAUUGAGAAGAGGUGCCGCCGGAUUGUGGUGGUUGUCUCUGAUGAUUACCUACAAAGCAAAGAAUGUGAUUUCCAGACUAAGUUUGCUCUCAGCCUCUCUCCAGGUGCUCAUCAGAAGCGACUGAUCCCCAUCAAGUACAAGGCAAUGAAGAAGGAAUUCCCCAGCAUCCUGCGGUUCAUCACUGUCUGCGACUACACAAACCCCUGCACCAAGUCCUGGUUCUGGACUCGCCUCGCCAAGGCCUUGUCCCUGCCCUGACAACUGCCCUGGGAUCCUGGGUGUGUGGGCAUCUGCCUGCCCAUAUGUGUACUUCUGCCUCUGCUUCCUCCUGUGGUCACAGGGGAAUCUGUGCCCCACUUGCCUCUUGAUUUCUGGAGAUGCCAACUCCACAGUCACAUGUGCAGCCACUGUGGCCAUCCUAUCUCAGGUCCUGCUCGGAACCAGUAACUGCAGGUGGACAGUGGCAUGUCCACUUGCCGGGUUAUCGGCCAGGACAGUGGAAACCAGAGCCAGCUGGGAAUAAGAGGACCAGUGGAGCCAGCACUGACCCAUCCACACAUUUAGGCCUCAGUUCCUCUUGAGAAUUAAAUAGAGUGGGGAAACAGGCAGUCGCUGUGUUCAAACCAUAGUAGGAAAUGGUGAAGCAUUGUCCUGGGUCUCCUGGGGGAGACAAAUCUUGACUGAGAGGAAGCUGGCUGCCUGGGCCACAUGCCAGCCACUGCCAGGACAUGGCAGUGGUGAGGCAGCUGCUGCCAUGGGAGUGCCUACUGAUGCUGCCCUGCUCCCCUCACAGCCCACUUCCUACUGCCCCCUGGGGCAGAUGGGGAAGCAGGCUAGCCCAGCACAGGGAGAUUCCACCUCAAGCCUGGCUCCCAGUGGGCCCACUUCUUACUGUUGACUUCUCCCAGCCUUUGUCCACCUUCAGACUGACAAGUUUCCAAGAGACCAGCCUGAGCAGCUGGAGCUGCUUUUCACUCCCACCCAUCAAGAUGCCUGUGGCCACACUCUAAGCUCUAUCCAGCAUGAGACAGGAUUCUGGCCUCUGGUGUUAUCCAUCACGUUUGAGUUCUGGGGCUGGGUAACCAUGGGCAAUGUGAGCAGGGAACUUUCCCUGAGCCACCCACAGAGAGCUUUCCCACCAACCUUCUAUACUCUGACUGCCUUACAGUGCAGUCUGCUGGGACCAGUUUAUAAACAGUGACCAAGAGCCUCCUGCCCCAAACCUUGCAGGCACAUGGACACACACCAGCCAAUUCAGACACGUAUAAAUGUGUGCAUACACCCUCAUGCACCCAUGGGUACCUUGAGCCCACAUUUUCCUGGCACAGCUCCCAGGAAUGGCUGCAUGGGACAGUCCCCCCAUUUAAGGGGCCUAACCCUGGACAAAGGUGGGACACUUGUCUUCCUUCUUUCUUCCCUCUUCAUUGAAAGCAGACUGCAAAGGACCCAGUACACCAGCACUUAGCCUUCAGUGAAGCACAGAGCGAGGAGGAAGGCUUGAGCUCACAGGCCAGCUGCAGACGGAGCUUCUCCCGCCCUGGGAGACAGGCACAUCGGUUACCCUCAAACUCUCAUCCAGGAGACAUGGUCAUGGUCUCAGGUCUCUGUCCAGGGCAGACCCAGGACCUAAGUCUAAUAGGAAAUGUGUGUCUUUUCUGUUCCACCUGCAGUCAGAGUUGGGAAACGGUGUCUUUCCUCAGGGAGAUUUGAAGGGCUACCUCUGCAUAAUCUUGAUGAAGCCCUUAGGUACCACGCUCCUAUCCUCACUUUGAUAUUGGGGAAUAUUUUUAAACAAUUUUAAGAAACUAUCACCUGUUCUGUAUGCGUUGUAAGAAUUUUAGAGCUGAGGAAUGCCUGUGUUUGUCAGUUCUCCUGUAUCCUGGGUUUAUAAUAAAGAGUUCUACUUUGGGAACA